UAACCCCGAUGUUUACGUCCAUGGCUGUCCAGCACACAUGGUCCAUAACAACGCACAAGCGGCUGGAAAUGCCUAUGCAAAGGUAAUUAUUAUUCUUUUCUUUUCUUUAAUUUUUUUUACUUGAUAUGAAAAUACAAUGAGUGUGACAUGUGUAAACGUAUCAUCUGAAUUAUAUCCACAACACAAUAUUUCAAUUCAAUUCUGUUUGCUCUUUUUAAAAGAGCAAACAGAAUAUAAGUUACAGUAAUAAACAUUUGCCAAAAAAUUAAACAACUUUAGAUUUAAUUACAAUGACAUGAAUGUAUCAUGUUAAAAUGAUUAAGAUUAAACACACACGAGUCAUUAUAUGAAUUGAUUUCUACUUAUUGCUAUUUUGCAGGUGACAAACUUUGAAGUGGAAGAUAUGGCAGUAGAUCUAGUCUAUUGGUUCAAGGGAAGCAUGAAGAGGAAGGCUGGACUUGAGGAAUUUUGCCAGUUUUGUGACACCCAGUACUUGGAGGUCAUAAACUAUGUUCAAACAAGAUGGCUGAGUCUUGAAAAGGCAGUUGAUCGGACCUUGAAACUCUACACUUCACUGGCAAGCUACUUUAAAUCGAACAAUGAUAGCCAGGCUCGCUUCAAGCGGCUACAACAACUGUUCUCUGACCCAAUGACGGAGCUUCACCUGAUGUUCUACCAGGCAACCUUGCCAGCGUUUACAAAUUUCAACCUUCUGCUCCAACGGCAAAGCUCCACCGUACAUCUUUUGCACAAACAGAUGCAUCUGUACAUCCGGAAGCUUAUGAGCAAGUUCAUUAAACCUGAGAAAAUCAAGGACGUCAGGGUGUCAGACAUCCAGUACCAAUCACAGGAGAUCCAGCUACCUGAUAGCAAGCUAACUAUUGGCUUCACCACUCGCGCAACAUUGAACCGGCUGCUGGAAGGUGGAGACAUCAGUCAAACACAGGUAAAAAAGUUCUUUGCUGGUGUUAGGGGCUUCUUCUGUGAGGCAGUUUCGUACGCCCUCUCACGUCUCCCCCUUGAUGAGCCGGUCCUGCAACAUGCUACCUUCGUUGACUGGCACCAGAAGAUGGAAGCAUCAAUUGAUGAUGUGCUCUUCUUUGUAGACAGGUACAAGCACCUACUGCCCUUUGAUAGUCCACAAGAUCAGGACAAGAUGCAGGAAGAGUUUACAGACUAUCAGAUGAUGGAUGAUCAUGAGGUGUCUUCCAGACAGUGGAAGGAGAUCAAAGAUGCAGAAGAUGCAGAAGGUGAAUUUCUUCAAACUGACAAGCUGUGGGUCCACCUGUCUUCGCUGAAGAACGAGGUAACUGGACGGCCAAAGUUUUUGAGGCUCAUUAAGGUGACUCAACUGGUGCUCUGUCUUCCCCACAGCAAUGCUGAUGCUGAGCGGGUUUUUUCUUCCAUCGGUCUAAACAAGACAGACACCAGGAAUUCCCUCCAUGGAACGCUCAGCUCCAUCAUGACGAUCAAGAUGGCAGCAUCGGAGCCCUGUUUCAAGUUUGAGCCACCAGCAGAGGUACUGAUGGCGUCGCGGAGAGCAACCUCCAGUUACAACAAAGCCCAUUAGAUUAAUUUAACUGGAUGAGAGGUAGGGAAAAGGCUUUGCUAAUUGACACCCAGUAUGGACAGCCAUCAUAAUGACCACUUGUUCUAGUAUCGUCUUGGGGAGUAGCAGAUAAUCACAGGCUGAUGGCGUCGCAGAGAGCAACCUCCAGUUACAACAAAGCCCAUUAGAUUAAUUUAAGUGGAUAUGAGAGGUAGGGAAAUGGCUUUGCUAAUUGACACCCAGUAUGGACAGCCAUCAUAAUGACCACUUGUUCUAGUAUCGUCUUUGGGAGCAGCAGAUAAUCACAGGUUGAGGUUUCACUGCUAUUAUAAAGAGAGUUGAUAUGGAAUAAUGCACUUAAAAAUGUGGAUUUUUUUCAAGGUAAGUGAACUUCAUUAAAAAUAAUCAAUUAACCUAUUUGAAUCCCGCCUUAUGUAUUUAUGGAAUCAGAGUUUAAAGUAUGUGCCAGAUUGCACCAUUUAAAUUGCAAAAUUGUAAAAGCUCCCUACCGUGGAAGGGGGGACACCCCCCUUCCACACCAUCCCCCCCUCGGGCGCGCGGAGCCCUCGGGCUUGGUCGCUUCGCUCCCUCGCAAUGUCUCACUCCAAACUCUUCUCAAAGGUUGGCAGCCCUGGCUUUCUCUUCAUCUUCACUAAAUCUAGAUGUGAACUGAAGCCUAUGAAGUUCGAGAAUUUAUUUGAAUUAAGCUUCUGAUAGAUCACCAGCAUUAUGGGAAGUUGAGAAAAAACUUUAUGAAUAAAUUUUAUUGUUCAUGAGAUGAUGUGAGUGGAUAGGGAUAUGAUCCGUCUGUUUAGAGGAAUUUAGACUAGACCCUAUCUGACAUUUUCACCUCAGGCUCAUCCGUUAGGCUAACCCAGGGAGCUCCGUUUCGCGGGCCGGAGCCCAGGACGCCACCGCUCAUUCACACUCCCACCAUAACUAACAGGGGUAUUUUAUGGUUAUCUAUACGAGUGAAAUAAAAGGUGGAAACAUAAAUUAAGCACUUACAUUUAUUAUAUGGAUGAUGGUCUAACUCUCAAUCAGGCCGAUUGAGACUAGUACCUGCGCUGUUGUAUGUGUGUGUGUAUGUAUGUAUGUAUGUAUGUAUGUGUGUAUGUAUUCCUAGUUCGCUACAUGUACCUAACAAAAAUUCAAAAACUCAUAUUUGCCCCCUCUGUUAACUACAUUUUUGUGUAGACCUAUCGUUUAGUAGAUGAUAGAUCCAUUGCACUUAGUCUUAAAAAACAAUUGUUAGUAAUACAUGUGUUUCCAUGGCCAAAAAAAAAUACACUGGUAAUCAAAAUCAAGCAUUAGAUUGAACUGUAACCAUGACCUUUCUUGUUUAUUUUGCCACUUAUCCAGCAGAACGAGUCACUGCCAUCAUAUCGGAAGACAAAGGAAAGUACACAUCCUCCUCUGCCAUCUCACUGGGAUGAGUCUGUCCCAAUGUCAUCAUCCCGUCUACCGAUGUCCUCUCCAUCAUCUCGCCAGUCCCAGUCUUCACACUCAACAUCACCUCACAGCGCCCACCAUCACUAAGACAACAGAUCCCCAAAUACGACAGUAAAUCACCUUCCAGGUGGGUGUUUCAUGAAGCUGUUCGUAAGAUACGAAUGACUUUACGCACGACUGGUGAUCCUUUCUUGUGCUAUGUGAUAUCCCUAUAUAAUUGAGUAAUGACCCAAGGACAUGUUCCAGUCAUACGUAAGGUUGUGCAUAACUUUACGAACAGCUUUAUGAAACACCCAGGUAAUCGUUAAAGUGAUGUCCUAUCUGAAUCCCAGCUCUCUUGAUGUGAAAAAGUAAAUCAUCACUGUAGUUUAGAAGAAAACCAAUCCCAUAUGCUUUUAGUGCAUCGACUGUCAUAUUUUUUUCGCUAUAAUGAACAAUUGACGUAUUUGAGAUAGAAUGUUGAAACGUCUUUCAAAGCCAUUCUAGAACAUCAUUGCCAUGAUUCCUUUCCCCAUGCAGGUUUCCUACUUAAAAAGAUGUGGGGGGAAACUCCAUUUCCAGCUGCUUAAGCCGGAUCAUGGCAGUUCUCAUGGAACCCACCCUCGCCAUCCAAUUUAAUUGGAUGGGACAGAGGGGAAAUAAGCAAAAAUUCUCGGCUUUGAAGGGGAUUUUGAGCGUCAUCUUGGGUAAUUAUAUCUAUUAUCGUUUCUACGUUAAACUUGAUAAGACUGGCAGAGGGAUCCAUCAUGUCCCCCCCCCAUCCAUCAUGUCCCCCCCAAAAAAAAAAAAUCUCAAAACCUCCGAAAUAACACUAUCUUUUUUAGGAAGAAAAAUGUUUGGAUCUUUUACUCUUUGCACUUUGUUGUUCAUUUUGAGUCAUCUGAAUCUUACGAUCUAAACUGUGGAAUUAUCAAGUUUUAAACAAAUUGUUUCAAACCAGCGAAUUUAAAGUUUUACAAUUGUACAAUCAGUCUACAUGAAGAGGAUUGGUUGAUAUAGCCAGGUCCUUGGUAUAGGAGAGGGACCUGACCACAAAUACAAAAGGAUGGACUGAGAAAUUAUUAUUGUGUCAGUCAAUAAUUGAAUACUGACGUACAAUCCAUUUUCAAUGACUUGGGACUGGAACCAAAGAAAGGAGGGGGUAAUUUGCUGCAAAUUGAGCAAAAUAGGUCUGUAAUUCAGGACCUUUAUCUGGGUCAAGAGAAGAGAUGAUCAUGGAAAGAUCUAACACAUGUUGGUAUAUGAAGUACCUAGUGUGUAACAAACCACUCAAUAUUUGGAAAAACAUUUUUAGAAAGGGUGGGGAAUUGAUUAGUAAAACCAUUAAGUUUUGAAUAAAGACAAACGGAUAGUUUGAAUAGAUUUAUAAGUUUCUCCUCCACUCUAUAUUUUGUUUUACAGGUGCCGUAAGAGGAAAUGGUGGAAGUGCUGACUGCAGGGGAGCAACGAGGGAAGAAGUGGAAGCUGCCAUAAAGCAGUUUUUAAAAUAUGUUUACCAGCGUGUAAAAAAGACCGAAGCUGGACUUCAAGAAGCUGCUGCCCAGCCUGGUCCAGCAGAACAAGAGGAAGAGUUAGAGGACAACGUUUUUAAAGUAUGUGUUUCCAUCAAGUACGUCUAAGUUCUUUUGUUUUUUUUGUAAAUAUUUUUAAGGCUUUUAUUUCUGUCUUCUGUCAGUUACUAUACAGUAACAAUGAAAAAGCAAUGAAACUUUCUCGAUCAUUACCAAUUUGUUGGAAUAGCCACUUUGGUUUUGGAAAUAAUUAAGAAUAUCUUCAUGAAUAAACCAAAAUAUUUAACAGCACCACCCUUUUUGUAACUUGUGAAAUAAUUGCAACUUCGCUAUAAUUUUUUACACAUAAAGUGCAUCCCACAAAACAAUGAAUCCAAGAAUCAUGGAUGUAGAUAUACAGUGUGUCCCAGAAAAAAAUGAAAAAAAAUUUAUCAAGGAUUUAUCAUAACUUAAAUACAUAUACAGUGGACAAAUGACCUAUCAUUUCAAAGCUUAGCGUCUCCUCGUCUGGUAUGGCCUAGAUGAUUACUAAUUCAUGCAUGACUGAGUAAAGACAAUUUGAACAAAGGACACCACAAAGUUGCUUGGCAGGGCAGUAUCUGAAUUUAAUAAAGAAAAUAACAUUCUAGAAAAUUCAACAUCUGCUCUUUCAUUCGAUACCUGAAUCAUGGAAAAAGGUCAAGAAAUACCAAACUUCUGUCUCUUUAAAAUAAUCCCUUUAGUUGCAAAAUUUCAUUAAACAAAUACUAUAGCUUUCACACGGUUUACAAAAGACUUUAUGCACGGCUGAUCGUCAACAAAAUGGAGUGUUGAGCAAGUCUGACAGUUCGCUUGUCAUAGUUAUUGGAAUUAAAUCAUUAUUUUUAGUAAACAGAACUUUGUUAGUUCGUGAUCACUUUUCUGAGAUUAAGGUAGCAAAUUAUAGAGCAGAUGUCGAACUUUCUAGAUCUGUGAUUCUCUUAUUGAAACUGAGAUACAGCCCGCCAAAUGACUUUUUGGUAUCCUCUCUUCAAAUUGUUUUUAAUAAUUCAUGCGUGGAUAAGAAAUCAUCGAAGUUAUUUCAAAUGAAAGAGAACACUAAGCUUUAAAAUGAUAGGUCAUUUGUCUAUUGCAUAUGUGAUAAUGCUAUGAUAAAUCCUUGAUAAAUUUUGUUUCAUUUUUUUCUGGGACACACUGUAUAUCUACAUAUAUAAUACUGAGAUGCCUUAUUUCUGUCUUUGAUAAGUAUUGCCUGUGCUCAAUUUAAUUCAGUUUUGAUACUUGUAACU